UUUACACGCUAGAUUUGGUCGGAGUCGCGACCCUCGAACUCUCGAAGGUUGAAGUCAUGGCAUCGGUCUCUAGGUUCGCGCCGUCCUCUGUGUCUUUCCUUCUGCCACGCUCUCUCCCCCCUUUUCUGCCCGCGGAAUCCUUCUUCAUCCGACGUCAUCGACUCCUCAGUGUGCGUCCUCGUUCCGACAGCCUCCGAGCUCGCCGCCGGCUUUCGGGUGGCCGCCUCGAAUACUCUCUGGACGAUGAAGAUGAGCAGCCAUCGGAUGGGGAAGGAACCGGAUUUGGACGGGCGGUUGAACUAUUCAAUGGAAGAGAGUACUACCGGUGCCAUGACUUCCUGGAGGAGCUCUGGUACGACGCGGAGGAGCCCAUCCGCACGCUCCUUCAUGGCAUCCUGCAGUGUGCUGUGGGUCUGCAUCAUCUAUUCAACCAGAACCACCGGGGAGCGAUGAUGGAAUUGGGUGAGGGGCUUUGCAAGCUUCGGAAAAUGGAUCUCGAGAAUGGGCCGUUCUUUCAAUUCGAAGAGGAAGUCUCAGCAACCUUGGAGUUCCUAUACCAAACUCAGAAAGAACUCGCUGCUUGUAGGUUUUCAUGUCUGCACUAGUGAAAUUUGCUUACCCAUGGAUGGCUCAGAGAGAUCUUAUCAGUUACUCGGUAGCUUUGCUGCCGGUCAGCAGUUGUACAAAUUGAGUUUAGAUCAACAGGGAGCUGCCUACAUAACUUUCUCCUUUGUCCCGGAGCAGAGCUCAUAUGAGCCUUUAAAAGUGAAGGUUCCUACUCUCCAUGCCACAGAAGACCAUCUCAGGGCAUUUGAACAUCGAUGAUCAAGUGAAGAAUUGUGUUUUUUCUUGAUAGCUAUCAUAAGCUAUAUCUAUGUAAUCACGAACUGAAGCUGUGCACAAGUUGAAAAUUUUAAAGAAUUCUAUAAAUGAAGAAAAAAUCAAAUAAGAUAAAGUAAGUAAAUUAAGGUCAAAUAUAGACUU